CGAAAAUUUAUAAAUAUCAGCAAAACGCGGUUGUGGAAUUUAAUGUAGCCUGUUUUUAUAAUAGAUCAAACAUUUCGAAGAUCAUUUUUACAAAAUGGCUGAACAAAAGUACUAUGCUUAUAAUAUAUCUAAUGAGGGUUCUCCUGUUGAAGAACCCGAUUUGGAUAGACUUGGGAGGCUCGAUAAUCAAGUUAGAUUUGAGAUUACUACAAUGCUAAGAGAUACGAAUGGUGCCUCCUACCACAAUGACAUGUACGUCCCGUUCAUGAACCAACGACAACCCGCCCAAGAUCUUGCAACAAACCAAAGCAAUACUACAGUUCAACCCGCCCAAAAACAAGAUCAAGGUAACACAGUUCAACCUGCACAAGAUGAAAACAAUCCUCUGCAACCUGAUGUUGGAGUUGAUGAUGAUGAUGAUGAUGAUGACCCGAGUUUUGACGGCAUGGACGAAGAGACCGGGUACAUGAGUUUUGCGAAACACUUGCGAGCCGAUAUGAAAAAAAAUAAAAAUGCUCCUGAUAUCGAAAACGAGGGACUCUUCCCGGCACUCGGGAAUGGAAACUCGAGGCGCGAAGAACCAGGAGGAAGUCUUUUGGUAGAAGAAGGAACAGAAGGGAAUAUAGUUUCAGUCAGACACAAGAUGAAUUUUUAGAAGAAGUAGUGGCUCAUAAUGAUAAUUCAGUUAAUGUGCAAGCUGCCCAAGAAGAACCCACAGAGAAUUGGGACACUUCCAAUCAAAAUGAGCACGAUGCAAUUGAAACAAAUGCUACUACUGGUCACCAAUUUGGCAGCACACCAAGUCCGACAGAAAGUUGGGAUAAUGAUGAAAAUGAAGCACCAUCAUCGGUUGUG